UUAGAUUUUAUUAUUGACAAAAACUAGCUGAUUUUUAAACUGGUCAUGGAAGAGUUCACAAUCCUGUCGGCAAUUGCAUGAAAUGUUUAUCUUGGUAAGUGAACUCUUGUAAUGAGAGAGCAUGUAAUGGACAAGCUACUUUGGAUUAAUAAGACAAGGAGGUCAGUGGAGCAACACCUCUAGACUCUAACCUUACUCGCCAAAGUUCAUCUGAUAACCAAGAAUGGAGAUAUUUGUAUGCACACAUCAGGGGAAACACAGUCAAAGUCACAUCCUCAGCUCUUACAAUCAGACCUCACUGAGGAAUCAUGGCUGAUGACAGGACAGAGAUGGGCGAAGUGGGGACUUCUCUUGUGUCCUCAGAUUCUAAACCAUCUCCCGCCAGACCUCCUAACAAGUUUGAGAGGUUAUUCCAGCCCUGUCUGGCUGAGCUGGUGGGAACGAUGUUCUUUGUGUUUAUCGGGUGUGUGUCAGUCAUAGAGAACGUGGAGGGUCCAGGGAGGCUUCAGCCAGCUCUGGUGCAUGGUUUUGCUGUAGCCGUGAUGGUGGCUUGCAUGGAUAACAUCAGUGGCUCCCAUUUCAACCCCCCGUUCACCCUGGCCAUCUAUCUUUGUGGGGGUAUGGAGAUGCAUAUGGUGGUACCGUACCUUGCAUGUCAGGUGGUUGGAGGGGUGUUUGGAGCUGCUCUGGCAAAGGCAAUGACCUCCAAAGAGAACUAUGCCAAGGCCCAGGGGGCCGCGUUUGCUCUGCUUCAGGCUGACAGUGAAAUAGGUGGAGCUCUGAUUGGAGAGAUCGCCAUGACCUGCCUGGUCACCAUGGUGGUGCUGCUGGCGGCCGUCAACACCAAGACCAAAAGCCCCCUCGCGCCGUUCAUGGUGGGUUGCACUGUCAUCAUCAACGUCUUGGCUGGUGGGGAUGUAUCUGGUACCUGUCUGAAUCCAGCCAGAGCCUUUGGUCCAGCCAUAGUGAGCAACUACUGGACUUAUCACUGGCUCUACUGGGUAGGACCCAUCACUGGAGGUGUAAUAGCAGCUGCACUGGUUCGACUCAUACUUGGAGACAGGAAGAUUCGACUCAUCCUGAAAUGAGAUCCUGUGUGCAUCAACUUAAGUGAGAUUAAUCAUCACAUGGCUUUUUAAAAAAUCAACAGUUACAAUAAAACUCUCACUUUAUUUGGUCAACUGAGAUGUUUCUGUAUGAUUAGAUUUUCUUUGCUAUAUAAUAAAAUUAAGUUCUGUCACAUCAUGAAACAUCCAGUGUUGGAAUUUGAUGAUUAAAGAAGU